AUGCCGCAUACAGGAAAGCCCAGUGGGGCUUGUCAGCAGUGCAAGCAGUGUCAUGUAAAGGUCAAACGAAUCCUGGACGCUUCUGUCUUCCGUCUCUCAAGAAUGCCCUUGUUGAUGUUGAUCAGUGCGAUGAAGCAAGACCUGCUUGCGGCAAAUGUGUCAAAGCCAAACGUGUCUGCUUCGGCUACUUGGAAGGACUGGAUCUUGUCCUGCGCCAUCAGAACGAAGCCGCAAAGGCUGGAGUCAACAGGCGAGUGCACGAAAACAAGAGCAGGUUCCAAACGCCCGAGGAUUCCUUCAGGCCUCAGCCUUCUACCACCUUUGCCGUGCCCCAUCCCCUCUACGAGCCGGAGGAAACAAACGCACAAUGCUUUUUCGUCUCCACAUUCGUUCUGUAUGGACGAGACACUUCAGCUGACCGAGGAUUUCUUGUUCAACAGUCUGCGCGUAGAAUCUCCCCUGUCGCUGUGUAUAUCCGCGGCGUCUAAUAUCCUAUUUGCUAAAUGGGAGCGCAAAAAUCGUAUCGCGGAGCGCUACGCAUUUCUCUCUUACACAAAGGCUUUGGAAGCCACCAGAGUGGCUUUGCAGGAUCCAGUCGAGAGCAUGACUGAUGAGACUUUGGUGGCAGUAUGUCUACUUGGCUUCUACGAGGUACGCCCAAUAGUCUGA